CCAUCAGACACACAGCCUGAGUGCUGUAGUUAACACUUCACUGUCAGACGAGUUGGGUAAAGACAACAGAGGAGCAGAUACUGAGAUCUGACAAUAACUUUAAAACAGGAAAAAAUGUUACAGAGGGCAGCCUCCAAUGUGUCGGACAAAGCAAAGAGCAGCAAGCCCAAGCGCUCCACCAGCUUUGGCAAGUUCGAGGGCCUCAGGCAUCAUUCAGCCAAACCAGAGGAAAAUGGAACAAAUAUGCUCGCAGAAGAAUGUGAGAGUCUGGACGCAAACAAAUCAGCCGGACUUGGGAAGAAGAUGAAGGCAAUUUCGCUGACCAUGCGCAGAAAAAUGGGCAAAAAACACGCCAAGUCUUUCUCAGAGGAGACUGGAGAUGACACAGACAAAGACCCAGAGGCAGAGACGGAGAGUGGUCCUCCGGCUGAGAAGAACUCUGCGAAGACAAGCAACUCUUUAGAGAGUCUUUACAGCGGCCAGAGCUCCUCCAGUUCAGGCGGUGUGACCAGUGAGUCCAACGGCUCUGGGCAGAGAGACAGUCUGAGGCUGGAGGAGGACGGCUCCUAUCAGGGACAGUUCUGUGGCAGAGCUCGCGUCCACACAGACUUCGUUCCCAGCCCGUAUGACACAGACUCCCUCAAACUCAAGGUCGGUGACAUUAUCAACAUCAUCAGCAAGCCUCCGAUGGGCAUCUGGACAGGGAUGCUAAACAACAAAGUGGGCAACUUCAAGUUCAUCUAUGUGGACGUUAUGGUGGAGAAAGAGGAAGAAGAGGAAGCUCCCAAGAUCAGACAACAGAAGCUGUGCAAAAGACCUCGGCCCAAAACCUUGCUGGAGCUACUGGAGCGACUGAAUCUCGAGGAGUAUGCCUCUGCCUUGCUGCUAAAUGGCUACCAGACAGUGGAGGACCUGCUGCACCUGCAGGAGAAACACCUGAUAGAGCUGAACGUCAAAGACCCCGAGCACAGACGCAGGCUUCUCGCCGCUGCUGAAUGCCGCUACACAGAAGGCGAUGAUGUCAGGGAGGCGGAAGAGCACAAAUCCUCCCACAGCCAACAGGAAGUAGACAGCGACUGCCCCAGAGACUCUGGUUGCUUCAUCCCUUCUGAAUGCUCAGACAGCAAAGAGGAAGCGGAGCAGCUCACAGACCCUGUGGAUUCAUAGUGUGUUUGCUUGUCAGAUGGAUACUUUGACAUUUGGAAUUCAGAGUUCUUGCGACAGUUUUCCUUUUAUUUUCUCAAAAUGUCAUGUUAAUAACCCUUAUUCCAACAAGCUAGCCACAGGUCGGCCUAAUGUAGAAGCUUUUUAAAAGUGUGAUAUCUAUAGGAAAAAACAAACAACCAGUGUUCUAAAUGUCAUCUUAUCCAUUUGUCACUUUGUCAAAAUAGUAAUGAAAUUGUAAGAUGUAUCUAGUUUUUUUUAUUUUUUAUGUUAUGUUGUUGAAAAGGUGACAUUUCAUUGAUUAAACGUCACUUGUAUUUAUUGCAUUCUGGAUCAUUCAGUGUUUCCCCAUAUAAAGCCUUUAUUUACCACAUAUCCAUCAUUUUGACCUGUCUCAUAAAAUCCAGUCUCAUGUCAACAUCCUGGGUAAUCUUGUUUUUCCUAUGAAUUACUGUUGGUAUUGGUGAAGGGAUGGUUUUGUAAUGGGUUUGAACAUAUUCAGACGUAUUCAUAUUCUUGCCUAUAAUGUAUGCCGUACAGGAACAAAGUGUGAUAUUUUCGUGUGGGUGUGUGUGUGAGUGAGAGUCUGUGUGAGAAAGCCUGUGUGUGCACUCUUGAGAAAGUCAGCAUUCAACUGUUUUCACAAUUUUUUGUAAAUAAAAUCAAAGAAAU